GGUGGGUCUGAUUGUUGCUCAGUUCAGGAAAGCUUCAGUCAGUCUUCAUGGUGCAGAGAUAACUGUGGACUCUUUACCCUGUUUUUCCCCCGUUUUUCCUGUUUUUCCCCCGUUUUUCCCCAUUCUUCUCUCUCCCCAAAGUUCAUGUCGUCCGUAUAGACAGAAGACAUGAUGAUUUUUCUACAUUCCAGGAUUUUGCUGUAUCUGGCGGUGUCUCUGAGUGCGCUGCUGUUCUGUAAAGGUCAGGACGGAAACAGCGGAGAUGAUCUGAGCUGUAUGGAGGACGGGCAGGUUUACAGUAACCGGGACGUUUGGAAACCGGAGCUGUGCCGGAUCUGCGUCUGCGACAGCGGGACCAUCCUGUGUGACGAGGUGCGCUGUGACGACCUGUCCCACUGCGAGCGCGCCAUCACCCCCCCGGGGGAGUGCUGCCCCGUCUGCCAGAGCGACGGCCCCGACAGCGGCGGCGCCGAUCGAAUCCAAAAGGGUCAGAAGGGAGAACCUGGAGAUGUUCCAUAUGUCGCUGGGUUGCCUGGACGACCGGGACCAAUGGGGCCUCCAGGAUCACCGGGAUUUCGGGGCGACCGCGGACCCAAAGGACGACCUGGUCCUAGAGGUCCUGCCGGGUUUGAUGGAGAACCUGGAGUUCCAGGGCAGCCAGGAGAUCCCGGUCCACCGGGCCACGCCCCCGGAGGUCAGCUCUCCUCUCAGAUGGCUGGAGGAUUUGAUGAGAAGUCAGCAGGUCAGCACGCCAUGAUUCCUGGACAACGAGGAGAGGCAGGAGCCCGAGGACCACCCGGCCCCAAUGGUUCACCAGGGGCAGCAGGUCCACAAGGAUCCCCUGGUGAUGCUGGAGAUCCUGGACCAAUGGGUCCGGCCGGACAGAGGGGUCCUGAUGGUCCUCCAGGGAAGCCGGGUGAAGAUGGAGAAGCAGGAACUCCAGGAAGUGCAGGAGAGAUGGGAUUCCCGGGAUCUGCGGGGGCGAGAGGAUUCCCCGGGACGCCCGGACCACCGGGGCUGAAGGGUCACAGAGGUCAUCAGGGUCCAGCGGGUGUGAAAGGAGAACGUGGAGCAGUUGGAUCUAAAGGUGAAUCCGGUGGAACCGGUCCAAUGGGCGCACCUGGACCCAUGGGUCCGCGGGGCAUGCCCGGAGAGAGAGGACGCCCGGGACCCAGCGGAGUACCGGGAAUGCGAGGAUCUCAGGGGAACGGAGGGAAACCGGGUCCAAUGGGGCCGAUGGGGAUUAUUGGAGCAGCAGGUUAUCCAGGAGCUCCAGGAAUGAAGGGUCAACCUGGACCUACUGGAGUUCGGGGUCCUGAAGGACCUCAGGGACAGAGAGGAGAGACCGGUCUACAAGGCAGAGCUGGACCAAUGGGCAUUCAGGGACCCAUGGGUGUGGAUGGAGGUACCGGUUCUAAAGGUCCAGUGGGGAACGUCGGGCCGGGGGGUCCCGUUGGUCUCCUCGGUCCUCCUGGUCCUCCAGGACCUCAGGGCAGCACCGGCCAGCCGGGUAUCAAAGGACAAGGGGGAGACGUCGGUGUUCCUGGAUUUAAAGGAGAAGCAGGACCUAAAGGAGAACAGGGACCUCAGGGAGCUCAGGGUGUGAUUGGACCUCAGGGAGAAGAAGGGAAAAGAGGAAACAGAGGAGAUCCGGGUUCUGUAGGACCACCUGGACCCGUCGGCGAGAGAGGAGCUCCUGGAAAUCGGGGUUUCCCUGGUCAGGACGGAUUACAGGGAGCUAAAGGAGCACAAGGAGACCGCGGAAUUACAGGAACAUCAGGCCCCAAAGGAUCCACUGGAGAUCCAGGAAGACUGGGUGAACCAGGCCUGCCAGGCGCCAGGGGUCUGACUGGGACUCCUGGAGUUCAGGGAGCUGAGGGGAAGCCGGGUCCGCUGGGAGCUACAGGUGAGGACGGACGUCCUGGACCUCCAGGAUCUACAGGAACCAGAGGUCCUGCAGGAUCGAUGGGUCUCCCGGGUCCCAAAGGUUUCAGUGGCGAUCCAGGAAAAACAGGAGAACAAGGAUCACCCGGAGCUCCAGGACAGAGGGGUCCUCCAGGGAAGGAGGGUGAAGUCGGUCCUCUCGGUUCUGCUGGACCACCAGGACCCGCAGGUGACAGAGGAGAACAGGGACCUCCAGGAAUGCCAGGCUUCCAGGGUUUACCUGGUCCCCCUGGUCCAGUAGGAGAGGGAGGAAAACCUGGUGAUCAGGGGAUUCCGGGCGACGGGGGACCGGUUGGAUUAAUUGGACCGAGGGGAGAGCGAGGAACUCCUGGAGAGAGAGGAGAACUCGGAACUCCAGGAUUACCAGGAUCUAAAGGGAUCCCCGGAGCUCCAGGACCAGACGGACCAAAGGGCAGUCCUGGACCCGCGGGAGCACUCGGAGAUCUGGGUCCUCCAGGGCUUCAGGGAAUGCCAGGAGAACGGGGCAUCUCAGGACCCCCGGGACCUAAAGGAGAACGGGGAGCUUUAGGAGAGAAAGGAUCAGAGGGAACUCCAGGAAACGACGGAGCCAGAGGGCUGCCAGGACCGCUGGGACCAGCAGGACCCCCAGGACCAAGUGGUGAAAAGGGGGAACCUGGACCUAAAGGACCACCCGGACCCCAGGGUUCGAGAGCGAUGCCUGGUUCUCGGGGGGAACCGGGACCGACCGGUGCUGUGGGCUUUCCUGGACCUCCUGGUCCUGAUGGCCAACCUGGUGUGAAAGGAGAGCCUGGAGAGCCGGGACAGAAGGGAGAUGCUGGAUCUCCUGGACCUCAGGGUUUAGCAGGACCUCCAGGACCGGUGGGUACAGCCGGUGUCGCGGGACCAAAGGGAGGAAGAGGAACUCAGGGAGCUCCUGGUCCGACUGGAUUCCCUGGAUCUGCAGGAAGAGUCGGUCCACCAGGCGCCACUGGUCCGAUUGGUCAGCCUGGACCCGUCGGUCUUCCUGGGAAAGAAGGUCCUCCUGGACUUCGUGGAGAUCAUGGACCCCCGGGACGGCAGGGAGAGAGAGGUCAGCCUGGACCCGCAGGAAGUCCUGGAGAUAAAGGAGAUCCCGGAGAGGACGGACCCACAGGUCCUGAUGGUCCACCCGGUCCUGCUGGAACUACGGGACAGAGAGGAAUUGUGGGUCUUCCUGGACAGAGAGGAGAGCGAGGGAUGGCGGGAUUACCCGGACCAGCGGGUCCUCCAGGGAAAGCAGGAUCUCCAGGCUCUCCCGGAGAUAAAGGUCCGCCGGGUCCGGUCGGGUCUCCGGGAGCUAAUGGACCCCGCGGUGAUCCUGGACCUGACGGACCUUCUGGAUCCGACGGCCCACCAGGGAAAGAGGGAGUCAUCGGGGAACGGGGCGAGCGCGGGGACCCGGGGCCCGAGGGACUGCUGGGACCGAGAGGAGCGCCCGGUCCCGCCGGACCUGUUGGUGCUACAGGAGGUGCAGGAAAACGAGGAGAUGCUGGUUCUAGAGGACCGGUCGGACCCCCGGGACCAGCAGGGAAGAGAGGACUUCCUGGACCCCAGGGACCCAGAGGAGAUAAGGGAGAGCUGGGCGAUCAUGGGGAGAGAGGACAGAAGGGACACAGAGGAUACACAGGUCUACAGGGACUUCCUGGAUCACCUGGCACGACUGGAGAUCAGGGACCUCCUGGAAUUGUUGGGCCAAGUGGACAAAGAGGACCUCCUGGACCAAUAGGACCACCAGGUAAAGAAGGGUACCUUGGACAGCCUGGACCAAUGGGACCACCGGGAUCCAGAGGAAUCAGUGGAGAUACUGGACCAGAGGGACCUCCUGGAGAACCUGGUCCUCCAGGCCCCCCCGGGUCUCCCGGACCCCCGACGGCUGCUAUAGACGACUUGUUCGGAAGUCCUCAGGAUUAUGAUGCUGGUCCUCCUCCUCCAGAGUUCCCCGAGGAUGAGGCUCUGCCCAAAUCAAACUCCACAGAUCUGUUCCAGGCUGAUCCUGGAGUUCAGGCCACGCUGAAGUCCCUCAGCAGUCAGAUCGACAGCAUGCGGAGCCCCGACGGCACCAAGAAACACCCGGCCAGAACCUGCGAGGACCUGAAGCAGUGCUACCCCAUGAAGAAGAGCGGAGAGUACUGGGUGGAUCCGAAUCAGGGCAGCGCAGAAGAUGCUAUUAAAGUGUUCUGUAAUAUGGAUACGGGAGAAACCUGUAUCUCCGCCAACCCCGCCAGCAUCCCCCGAAAAACAUGGUGGAGUUCUUCCGGAAACAAACCAGUGUGGUUCGCUACCAUGAACGGAGGAACCUACUUCACCUACGGGAAUAAAGACCAGGCUCCGAACUCCGUCACCGUUCAGAUGACCUUCAUCCGCCUGCUGUCUAAAGAAGCGUCUCAGACCAUCACCUACCACUGCAGGAACUCUGUGGGCUAUAAGGACGAGUCGACCGGAAACCUGAAGAAAGCCGUGAUUCUAAAAGCCUCCAACGACAUGGAGCUGAAAGCUGAGGGAAACAACCGCUUCAGAUACACCGUGCUGGAGGACAGCUGCUCCCAGGCGAACGGUAACUGGGGGAAAACGGUUUUUGAGUACAGGACACAGAAAACGGCGAGAUUACCCAUAGUGGACAUCGCCCCGGUGGACGUGGGCGGGGCUAAUCAGGAGUUCGGCGUGGACAUCGGGCCGGUUUGCUUCUUGUAAAGAAGAGAAAAGAGAAUCCUGAGACUCUUGAACUGCUGAGUCUCUGCUCAGCCUUGUACAGAACAGCGGACUGUCCGGCGCGUCCGGCCCCGAGCGGAUAUUUAUUACGCCUUUAUUACACAAACUCCUCCCACAACCCCCCACAAACUCCUCCCACAACCCCGCACAAACUCCUCCCACAACCCCCCACAAACUCCUCCCACAAACCCCACAAACUUCUACUACAAACUCCUCCCACAAACCAGCACAAACUCCUCCCACAAACUCCUCCCUCAACCCCUACAAACUCCUCCCCAAAAAAAACCCCACAAACUCCUCCCACAACCACCCCCACAAACUUCUACUACAAACUCCUCCCACAACCCACACCAUCUCCUCCCACAAACCCCCACAGACUCCUCCCACAAACCCCACAAACUCCUUCCACAAACUCCACCACAAACCCCCCACAAACUCCACCCACAAACCCCACAAACCCCUCCCACAAACCCCCCACAAACUCCUCCCACAACCCCCCACAAACCGCAAAAAACUCCCACAAACUACUCUGACAAACUCCUCCCACAAACUCCUCCCACAAUCGUCUACAAACUUCCAGACAUCACAGCAGCAGCACAUUUCCACCUGGAUUACAAGCAGAUUAAUACAGAUUAUUACAGAUUACAGGGAUUAAACUCUGGGAGGUUUAUAUUCACAGAGAAAUCUGAGGAUGAUUUAUGGUUCUGAGAUUAAAUCUUUAUUAAAUCUUAAUACAAUUAAAACUGUCUGUUCAUCAGUCUGAGAUUUAAAGGCUGCUGUUGGAUUCUGUUAGAAAUCGUAUGAAUUUCAUGUAUUUUUAUAUUUGUGCUACAAUUCUUUUUAUUUGUAAUUUUUUUAAAGGAAACUCAUGGUGCUACAGAGGAAGCUUGAGUUGGUGAAAUUGCUUCUGGCGUAUUUUUAUUAUUUUUGAUUUUCAGAAAAAAAUCAUUGAUAUUUCUGUUACAUUUUUCUUGUAUGAUGUUUGAAUGCAACUGAACAUUAAACCUGAAUACGAUGA